AUGGGAUGGAGGAGAUUCAAACUUGGUACCUCUUUUAGCGUUUCGGGACCAAACUUAUUUAAAAUGUUGAAAUGUGAACAUUACACGUUCAUACUACUUGCUUCAGUGUCCGUCCUCCCUAAUAUAACUGCUGUUUCCCUGAAGAUUGGCUUUUCACAAGCUCACAACGUCAAGGAAGGCUUUUGGCAUUCUACUUUAGCUAAUUAA